AGGGCCGCUGCCCAGGCGGGCUGGAGCCAGGCAGGCCAUGGCGGAUGUCCUCGGGGUGCAGAGACCGGUUCCCAACGGCGGCCCGGAGCCCCGGGACCCCCUGGACUGCUGGGCCUGUGCUGUGCUGGUCACCGCCCAGAACCUGCUGGUGGCUGCCUUCAAUCUCCUCUUGCUGGCGCUGGUGCUGGGGACCAUCCUGCUACCAGCGGUCACCAUGCUAGGCUUUGGCUUCCUCUGCCACUCCCAGUUUCUGCGCUCCCAGGCACCCCCUUGCACCGCGCACCUGCGGGACCCGGGCUUCACGGCCCUGCUGGUCACCGGAUUCCUGCUACUCGUGCCGCUGCUCGUCCUUGCCCUGGCCAGCUACCGCCGCCUCUGCCUGCGCCUCCAUCUAGCCGACUGCCUCGUGCCCUACAGCCGAGCCCUUUAUCGGCGCCGGCGCUCCCCGCAGCUGCGGCAAAUCCGGGCAUCACCAGGGUCCCAGGCCGUUCCCACAUCAGGAAAGGUGUGGGUUUGAGGACCCUCGAGUCAAGAACAACCCCGACUAAUGCCCUCCUUUUCAAUCCGCCCAAGGACUUGAAGCCUGGGGGUCUUCCGACCUACCCUGCCCAUCCCUGCCUCAGCCAGUCCUAGCAUCCCCUUGGCGAACUGCAGCAUCUGUGGACCCAAUGUUGGUGAAAAUUCGCCAUUCCAGAAAACCCUUUCUUUUUACUACCCAUAUCCGAAUCCUGAAUAUCUGGGCUGG